GAUACAAACAUUUGGUGCAAAAUGUAGCCAUUUUUGAACACUCAAGAAUGCAUAAAAAUCCUCAAAAUCCGUCCAAAAUACCACAUUUAGACAGCAAGACUUCAAAAACACGAGAAACAAAAUCCAUACUGUGGUUUGGUUUCAAAAACUUUCAACAUUUUGUAGAUUUCUGAAUUUUUUGGUGUCUCAGCUUUCCAGUCAGACUGAUUUAUGCAGCUCACAGAUUGUUUAGGGACCCUCAGUAAGUACAGAUAAACACAUACAACAGGACACAGAAACACAUUUCACUGCAUGUUACAGCACGUCUGUAAAGAGACUCAGAACUUGUUUACAUUCAGAUAUCUGCAGGUCAGUUAUUAACCAGUUUGGAAUGAGACUCAACCUGAUAAACUGUUGUUUUGUGCUGAAUCCACAAGAGUCUCAGCUUUCCAGUCAGACAGAUUUAUGCAGCUCACAGACUGUUUAGGGACCCAGGAUGCACAAAGAUUCACACACAAGAGGACUCAAUAACACAUUUACUGCAUGUUACAGCAUGUCUGUAGAUAUUUCUGUCAGAUAUCUGCAGCUCAGAGUUAUUAACCAGUUUGUCAGCCUGAUAAACUGUUGUGUUAAAGCUCCGCCCCUCAGCUGAGUCACCCGAGACAAACCAGGAAACAGGCUGUUAUUCUGCCAAACGGAGACGAAGAGAAACACACACACACACACACACACACACACUCUGAGAGACGGAGGAUAAGAUCCAGCUUCAGACUAAAACCUCCACUUUGACUGAAAGAGGACGACUUCAGGAGGUUACUGGGAAUACUGGAACAGCUCCACUUCACCAGCUGCUGAAUCCACAAACUGAACGACAGUUUUACAGGAAAGUAAAGUAACUUUGAGAGAACAGGGAGUGGCUGAGCUGUUUGUCUGCUGUGUUUCAGCUUCACUCAGAGACUAAAUGGCUUCCAGAUUAGAGGAGGAUUUCUGCUGUUCUGUCUGCCACGACAUCUUUAAAGAUCCUGUUCUUCUGUCAUGCAGCCACAGCUUUUGUAAAGACUGUCUGCAGAGCUGGUGGACGGGGAAACCAACCAGAGAGUGUCCGAUGUGUAAGAGAAGAUCUUCGAGGAGUGAUCCACCCUGUAACCUGGUGUUGAAGAACCUGUGUGAGAGUUUCUUACAGGAGAGAGAUCAGAGAGCUUCAGAGGCUCUCUGCAGUCUGCACUCUGAGAAACUCAAACUCUUCUGUCUGGACCAUCAGCAGCCAGUGUGUGUCGUCUGCAGUCACUCAAAAGAACACUCCAACCACAGAUUCAGACCCAUCGAUGAAGCUGCACAACAACUCAAGGAGGAACUUCAGGAAACUCUGAAGCCUUUAAAGAAGAAGUUAGAGGUUUAUGAACGAGUUAAAGUGGAGUUUGAUGAAACAGCAGAACACAUUCAGGACCAGGCCCGAUGCACAGAGACGCAGAUUAAGGAGCAGUUUAAGAAGCUUCACCAGUUUCUAGAAGAGGAAGAGCAGGCCAGGAUGGCUGCACUGAGGGAGGAAGAGGAGCAGAAGAGUCAGAUGAUGAAGGAGAAGAUGGAGGCUCUGAGCAGAGAGAUAGCAGCUCUUUCAGACACAGUCAGAGCCACAGAGGACCAGCUGAGAGCUGAACACGUCUCAUUCCUGCAAAACUACAAGGCUGCAGUGGAAAGAGUCCAGCAGCGCCCCCUGCUGGAGGCUCCACAGCUGCCCUCAGGAGCUCUGAUAGACCAGGCCAAACACCUGGGCAACCUGGCCUUCAACAUCUGGAACAAGAUGAAGGACAUGGUCUCCUACAGGCCUGUCAUCCUGGACCCAAACACUGCUGGUACAUUACUCAUCCUGUCUGAAGAUCUGACCAGUCUGAGAGAAGCAGAAGAGGAACAGCAGCUUCCUGAUAAUCCAGAGAGGAUUGGUGAUUAUUCUGUUCUGGGCUCUGAGGGCUUUAACUCAGGGACUCACAGCUGGGAGGUCCAGGUUGGAGACAAUACAUACUGGGGACUGGGUGUGUUAGCAGAGUCUUUCUGGAGGAGAGGAGCCAGGGGGUCUGGAUUAUGGAGAAUAGAUUUAUGUGGAGAUGAUUACUACUCAUUUUCACCAUCAGAGGAUAGAACUGCUCUCGUAGUGCAGAAGAAGCCUCAGAGGAUCAGAGUGAAUCUGGACUGGAACAGAGGAAAGCUGUCGUUCUCUGAUGCUGACACUAACACACACAUACACACCUUCACACACACUUUCACUGAGAGGAUGUUUCCAUAUUUUUACAAUGGGGAUGAUUGGGAUCAUCUCCCACUGCAGGUUUUACCAGUGAAGGUCUCUGUGGCUGCAGGACAACAGAAAUAGACGAUGUUUGUUUCUCCGUCAGUGAGAGGAAAUGAUGUCAUGAUGAUGUAACAACUCAGAUCAAAGAGCUGUCAAUCACUCUGUGACUGGCAGGCGUCUCUGUGGUUUCCUGUUUGAUUAUUGAUCAAAUCUUUAAAGUGAAUUCUCUGUAAAACUUGAUUCUCAUUGAUUGGUUUUUUCUUUUUUUGGUGUUUGAGAGUUAUAUAAACAAAAAUACCGUCAAAUAACAGAAAACAACACGUUAUUCAAAGAUGAUUAAUUAAAAAAUACAAAUAAUAAACAGUUAAUAUCUGUUUUUAAAAUAUGUAUGUCUGUUGAAUAACUAAAGUGUUUUUUACUUUAAUUCGACAGUAAGUUUUGCUGAGGCUUUUUAUUUCUUUUUACAUUUUUUUUUAAUGUUAAAUUUCAAGUUUUACUUUAAGAAAACCAAAAGUUUCCUUAAUCUUAAACUCAAUUACACACAAUAUAAUGUGUAUUUUUAUAAAGAAUUUACUGUCAUUUAACAUUCAAGACCAUAAAGCAAUUGAAAAAUACUGUAAAAACAAAACAAAAUUCUGUCCCAUUGUUGUAAUUUACAGAUUUUUUUAACUUCCAUGUUCUGGUUAAUAUUUGCAAUUAUAGUAAUUAACUUUAUGGCACUUUAUUUGCACUGUUUCAUGGGCUGCAUUAUUGGGCUUUUAUUGUGAAGGGUGGGGCAGGUUUGUGACAGUAAUCCCUCAUUCAGACUCCAAGAGAGGAAAAUCCAUGCUGUGAUCUGGUUUCAGAAACUUUUGACAUUUAGUAGAUUUGUGUAUUUUCUGCGAUUGUAUGGCAGCACUUGUGUUGUGUUUCCUGCUGAGAAACCCGCUUAUUUUCAAUAAAGUGUGAUACUAUAUUAAGUCCAUUUCAUGAUCAGUUUGUUCCAUAAGUUGUUGGAACAAUUUCCA